AUGCAACCUUGUAAUUUUGCUAUGACCACAUCAAGCUCCCUUUUGGCCAUUGUACCCAUACACAACCCUGGCACCAACCGCCAACAGCAGGUACGUUCAGGUCUGCUGGUGACGCUUCAUAAUGCUUUCGGCACGCGGCUGCCAGAAAAACAUCAUUCCGGCGACGGGCGUUUACUGCUGGCAGGUGCGGACCACUAUGCCCUGCACGGCUGCUCCACCGGCGCAAUCUACGCCGCGUUAGAGCCUAGGCUCAGAGAACAUGCAAAGGGAGUCUGGACUCGUGUAGAGCCCCAGCUGUAA